AUACCUUUUGCUUACCGUGACUCCCUACAGCUCCCAACCAGCCAGUCAAAACUACCAUUCCCCCCUUCCAUAUUUUUCUUCCUGCAAAUCAGAGUUUUCUAAAUUAAAACUCCACCCUUCAUCCAUCCAUCCUUCCGUCUCUCUCCUCCACCACGUAUUCACCGACAUCGGCGGCACCCACACAUGGCUCUGCUGAUCUACUGGUACGACUUCAUAUGCUUCGGCAUCGUGGCCGCCGCGCUGGGCGGCGCCCUGUGGGUGAUAUGGCUGAACGAGGGCGGCGGCAGGAGGUGCGGGGAUGGAACCCAGUACGAGAGCCUCCUCAUUGCCGAGACUGGCGGUGGUGGCAGCGGCGGUUGUGAAAAUGGGUACGUGGGCGCGGCGACGAAGACGGGGCACGUGGACUCGUCGCGGCUGUGGAUGCCUUGCUGGCGGGGGAUGCACCCGGGGUGGCUGCUGCUGCUGCGGGCGGCGGCGGCGGGGGUCAUGGCCGGAUUCCUGGCUUGGGACGUCCAUGACUGGGAUGCUUACAUCUUCGUUUACUACACUGAGUGGACUUUUUCAUUAGUCAUGGUCUAUUUUGUGAUUGCGACCAUCAUAUCUGCUUAUGGGUGUUGGGAAUACUCAAACAGGCCCUCUGAUUCACAAAAUGAGGAGAGGGCUACGGAAGACAGUACUAUAUCGACAAACUCUCUAGUGUUUAAGGCAAAAGGUUGUGGGAAUAACAUCAAGUUGCAAAGCCACCAGGACGAAGAGGAGCUUCAGCGAAGAGCAGGGUUUUUGGGAUACCUCAUGCAAAUUCUAUAUCAGACUUGUGCAGGUGCUGUCAUACUAACAGACAUUGUGUUUUGGUGUGUCAUAGUACCUUUUCUGUCAAAUACUCAUCUUGGCCUGAACAUGCUGAUGGGAUGCAUGCAUACUCUGAAUGCUUUUUUCCUUCUGCUUGAAACCAGCAUCGACAGCCUUCCGUUUAGUUGGUUUCGGCUCGCUUAUUUUGUGAUUUGGAGCUGUGCUUAUGUUAUUUUCCAAUGGGUUAUCCAUGCUUGUGGUUUAACAUGGUGGCCAUAUCCUUUUCUUGUGCUAUCAUCACCAUGGGCACCUUUAUGGUACUUUUGCUUGGCUGUGCUUCACAUCCCCUGCUAUGGAAUUUAUGCACUCAUCACAAGAGCAAAAAUUUCUUUUUUUUCUAGAUUUUUUCCCCAUGCAUUUGUGAAGUACUAGCUUCUUCUGUUUGGAGGACAAGAAAAGAAAAGAAAACUAUUAUAAAAAGGAAAUGGGUUUUGAUGUUUGAUGGUACGCUUUUGUAGACAAGGGGAGAAAUUAUAUACCUAGACACAUUCCCUCCCCAAACCUCAUAUCAACACCGACAAUUUGGAUUGGUGACCAUAGUUUUACCACUAGAAUGGGUCUUUCUUAA